CUUGACCCCUAAAUCUAAGCAAUCAAGACUCCCCAAAAUUAUACCUACCGUUGAAUCCAUUCCCGCCUGUUCUUUCUUCCCUAUUUCCCAUUUGUUAUCUCUCUCUUGCCCUCUCUGCCUCCUUUCCCUUUCCCUCUCCCAAUUUCUCUCUCCGUUUUUCUUCUUUUUCUAAUUUGAUUUUAACGAGAAUUGGGGGAUCAGGAAGGAAAAGAAGUAGCAAAUGUAACCACCCCGUAAUUCGUUAUUAUUUUAUUUGAAUCCAGAUUCAAGAAUCCAAUGUAAUGUUUUAUUACUAGUUUCUUGUUUUUCUGGGGAACUUUUCCGUGAAUUCUUCCCCGUUUGAAGAAGAAAUCAAGAUUUUUGGGGCCAGCCCAGUUGGAUCUUUUUGUUGUUUAUUGCAGAUAACAAGAAAUUUCCAGGGCCAGGAUCCAAAAAUAUAGCAAGUUAUUGGGUUUUAGAUCGCGAAAUAAAUUGCCACUUGUUGUUGAAUUAGAAGAAGAGUGAGGAUUUUGAAGCGAUCUCGGAUGCGAGGAGGUUGCAAAGAAGAAGAUUUUGCCUGAAUAAUUGAUUUGUGUGCGAUCAAUAUGAAUUCGCCAUUGUUAACUUUGGUAAUUGCUUGUUUAGGGAUUUUCUUUGGUUUCUUUGCUCUCAUUGUUGAGUCUCAACAGAAUGUGAAUCCUCCACCGCCACCUUCUGUCGACAUCGACCCACCACCUCCAUUAGCUCCGCCCCCUCCAUUCGUUCCGCCGCCAACACCUCCUCCAUUGGCUCCUCCACCUCCAUUUGUUCCGCCACCACCACCUCCUCCAUUGGCCCCUCCACCUCCAUCACCACCACCGCCUCCUCCUCCUCCACCUCCACCUCCUCCUCCAACUCAAUCACCACCACCUCCGCCGCCCUCACCUCUCGGUCCUCCACCGCCUUCUCCAAGAAAACGUCUUCUCCCACCUCCUUCAAACAAGUCGCAUCCACAUUUGGGGCCCCCACAGUUGAAAGAUAAGCUCAACACGGGGAAGAAAAUCGGGCUAAUGUUUACGGGGAUAGCUGGGAUCCUGCAAGUUUGUGUGGUGGCAUUCUUGUUGAUUAGGAGAAGGCAAAUUUUAAAGGAAGGAGGUGGUUAUUAAACCAAAACUACAACAAUAUAUAUUUGGAUUAAAAUCACAUCAUUUGAAUAUUUUUCUGUUCAAUUAGUUUUCCUUGGUGGAUCAUACUGAAUCCACGGUUCCACUGUAUAGAGAUUCUUUAACUGCGGGCGAAACAUCAAUGGAUUUGGGGACUUAUCGGUACUCUUGUGUCUGCAUCUGGGUUCCAGCUCUUGUAAAUUGGUGAUUGUGAAAGGAGAGGAUUGACCCGUAGAACCAUUUUCUGUUUGUCAGUAGGGAACGGACUUGGAAUUACUUCUGGAUUGCAACACACUACUUUAUAUAUCUCAUUUGUUCAAGUAAAGAUGUAAUUUAGGAAACCUGAGUUAAAGAUUCAAUUUCCGACUUUUAAUCACCAUAACAGUAAUAUUUUAUUUAUUUUCUAUAAUUUAUAUUGUAAUACUAUAUACCUUUCUAUGAUGGAAAUCAAAUCUGCCUUUAUUUCAAGAAACAUUCAAAGA